AUGAAAUAUUCAGCAAUCUCCAUCCCCGCCUCCUACGGCCAUCUUGACUCCCCCACCCCCGGCACCGUCGCCGGCAUCAUCCUCGGCAGCGUCCUCGGCUUCAUCUUCCUGCUCUACCUGAUCUAUCUGGCGCUGAGUUCCGGCCGACGAUUCAGCAGCGAAACAGAAACAUCCACGCCCAGCAGCACCGAGAUCUCUGCUGCGCCGCGCCGUCGUCGGCGCGAGGACAUCGUCGAAGUUGAGGAAGGGUCUGGGUCCUACCGUGGCGGUCGUCGUAACACCGAUCGAAUCUUGGACGAGUCGGUGCUCUCGCGCAGCGACGAGGGCGACACGGUCGAGGUAUUGGAGGAAGAGUCGGAUUCGAUGCCGCCGCGACGACAAUCGCGGAGAAGUGGGUAUCGAAGGGAUCAGUACGAGGAUAGUGAGUGGAGUUCGAGGGUUUAA